ACAUAAGAACUAUUUCCAGUUUUGAACUACACCAGUGAAAAUGAAGAACAAAAUUUUCAUUCCUAUCCUGUUCAUCUUCAGUUUUUCUUCCAGCAGAUUUUUAAGUUUGGCUAUAUCAGAUAACACAUACAGUGUACUUGCAAAGAUGUUUCAAGCAGUUAUGGAAGAUAUGCAAUUACAGGAUGACAGAAUAAAAGCAUUGGAAAACAACAGUGCCACAAUAAGAGAUGACAAGAUACAGAAGACAACAACUGACACACCAACUAAAGGUAACCUAUCAGACAACAUCCAUGAAUAUAAUACCAAGAAUAGAGAGAGAGAUACAAUAACACAAAUACAGAGGAAUGACAUAAAAGACAAUAUUCAACAAAUCAAAGACUACUUAAUACACAUGAGUAAAGGUUUAGCAGUAGAAAAAUCCAUGAGAGCAGAGAAUACAAACACUAUUGGAAGCCUUGUGGACCAGAACAAAGAAUCUUUGAACAAGUUACACCAAACCAUAGACCAUCAUGGAAACGCGGUAGAAAACUCCUUCAGAGACCUUGAAACUGACUUGAAAGCGUAUGGCAAUAAGAUAAAUUCUCACACAGACCAAGUAAUCCGAAACUUUACCAAGGAAUAUAAAGAGGAAUUAGAUAAAACUGAAAGAGAACACAAAGAGGGAAUAAAGAACAUUGCUGAUGUUAUUGAAAACAUUCAAAAAGAUGUAGAGCAAUUAAAACAAAUAAUGGUUAACACACUAAAUUCGAACUUAGCUUUUGGAAAGAGUGCAACUGCAAGUUCUACUUAUUAUGGAAAAGGGGCAACUGCUGCGACUGAUGGUGUCAAAAGUGGCAACUGGGGUGACGGCUCUUGUACGCAUACAGUGUCAGAAAUGAAUCCAUGGUGGCAAGUGGACUUGCAAAGACCAUACUUAAUCAACAGAGUGGUGAUUACAAAUCGGGCAGAUUGUUGCGGAGAAAGACUGCACAGUCUUGUGAUCAGUGUGAGUAAAGAACAAGGUAGCACUGAAGAAAUCUGUGGACAUUUUGAAGGACCUAGUACUAAUGGAGCCACAGAAACAAUCCAAUGUUAUAAUACCGUUUUCGGAAGAUAUCUUAAAAUACAAAUGAGUGCAAAUUCUGUUGGUAUUCUUACAUUAUGUGAAGUGGAAAUUUUUGCUACAUGACUGCAUUAGCUCCAAAAAAAUGGCACAUGAUUAACAAGAGCUGUCCGUAAGACAGCCAAGCUCGACUAUUCGAAAUAUUGUCCCAGAAGCAGGAAAAUAUUACCCAAAAAGGUUAAAUAUCAAAAGAGUUUUAAGUUCAAAAGGGGAAAUAAUUUGCCAAAAUGCAUACCAGUUAUGGGACUUGCUGCUAUCAACUAGAUUUAUAACCCCGAAGGCACAUGUGAAGUUUCAAUUCAA